AUGAGUGUUGGUAAAAUGAGUAUUGGUAAAAUGAGUGUUGGUAAAAUAAGUGUUGGUAAAAUAAGUGUCGGUGAUCGGCCAGACCAUAGACAGAAAUUGGGAAAUGCCGAUUUCACAUUGAACUCAUCAUCAAGUUUGGAAGGGGGGUACCAACACAAUAUAUGGAGUCCUAUCAUUGGCCCAGUAUUUCGUAAUUUAGAGAUAGAUCUGAUAAGGGGAAGGUAUGAGUACAUAUCUAAUGAUAGAAAAAACGGCAGUGAUGAUGAUACAAAUUGUAAGGAAGAUCGUAAGAAGAUUGGAAGGAAAAGAGAUGGAUCUUAG